AUGUUUUUGACCGUCAUCGGACACAAUGAGCGGUUUAGAAUGGUUAAACGCAAAUUUCAACAUUCAACGGAAACAAUUCAUAGGUGCUUUCAUGAGGUUCGAAAUGCGAUGAUGAAUCUUGCAAGAGAAAUUAUUGUGCCAACAUCUUCUAGUGCAACCGCAAACACAUCAGGACGACAUAGAAGGUUGAAAGAAAUAUUUUCGGGAGCGAUAGGUGCGUUAGAUGGAACUCUUGUACAUGCAGUCGUGCCCGCUGAUCAACAAACUCGUUAUAGGGGAAGAGGAAAAGGGGAAUGCUAUCAAAAUGUUAUUGGAAUUUGUAAUUUUGAUAUGAUAUUUACGUUUGUAUGGGCCGAUUGGGAGGACAUAGCACAUGAUUCACGAGUUCUCAAAGAAGUUGUAUUUCACCCAACUUCCAAUUUUCCAUUUCCUCCAUCAGACAAAUAUUACCUUUGUGAUGCCACAUACACCAACACUCGUGGAUUUCUGGCUCCCUACCACAAUACGAGGUAUUGGUUAUCCGAUUUCCGAAGACGACGUGCAUUAACCAAGGAGGAAAACUUCAACCAUGCUCACGCACAACUCAGAAAUGUUAUUGAGCAUACUUAUGGAGUUUUGAAGGCGAGAUUCCCAAUCCUAAAGCAAAUGGCUCCUUAUCCGUUUCCAAUACAAAGAGACAUAGUGCUUGCUUGUUUUGCAGUCCAUAAUUUUAUUAGGAAAUGUAAUAUUCGUGAUCAAUUAUUUAUGGACUUCGAAGAGGAAACUAUGUUUACUGCUGAAGAAGGUGGAGGAAGUGAAGACCAAAGUGUACAUGACAUGCAAUGGAGUAACCAAGACAAUGAAUAUAUGGCUAAUUUGCGUAACCAAAUUGCUAAUCAAUUACUUUAA